UUACAUAAUAAUACCCCACCAGCAGGGAAGUAUUGUGUAUCGUGCGCACGCUCAUCUAUCAGUCUGAUGUUAGAUUUCGAUCAAUAAUGCAAAACGUUUUACCAAUCGCCUGCUUUCUGUCUGCAAUACGUCCUCCAGGAGUGCAAUUCGAGAAUGGCCUACUCCAAAUAACACCUGUUAAUAAGGAUAAGUGUCCCUUUGUACGUGACAACAAUGAUGUCGCGUUUCUGUUGUAUACAAGACACAACCCAAAUGAACCGUACACCCUAACCAUAGACGAUGAUGAGAGCUUAUUCGCAUCGAGCAUAGACUUCAAUGAUGACACCGUGGUCUACUUCCACGCCUUUAUGGAAACUUCAAAUGACGGCAGCGCCCUCUUAGUUAGAGAAGCAUACAUUCAGCGACAAGACACGAACGUCAUAAUGGUAGAUGCGCAACACCUGGAGGCAGGACCUUGGUACUUUACAGCGGCCUCCAAUACCUGGUACAUCGGGAGGAUUGCAGCUGAAUUAGUUGACUAUUUAGUCUCCAGGGGUUUGAAAUUGUCAAAGACACACUUCGUGGGUCACAGUUUGGGAUCUCAGAGUGCCGGAGUCGCUGGAUACAGCUUGAAAUCAGGUCGCGUGUCCCGUAUAACGGGUUUGGAUCCGGCAUUUCCUCUAUUCGACAACGUGCCACUCGAACAGAGGUUGGACCCAUCUGAUGCUGAAUUUGUGGACGUUAUUCACACGGACGCUGGUAUAUUCGGUUUCAACCGGCCCGUAGGCCACGUGGACUUCUUUCCCAAUGGUGGCAUGAGCCCGCAACCUGGCUGCGAAUUGGAGGUCGUCAUACCGCAACAGGAAUUGUUAAAUAAAUGUAAUGAAGCUCGGAGAUUCGCCAAAACGAACCCAUUUGUUGGAAGUGGAACUGAAUUCAAAUUAAAAAGCAUUCUCAGUCCCCCUGCCCCCAAGAGAUAUCGUAGAUCUAUUUCUCCAAUGUUAAAGCUAUUAAGAUUCUUUAAAAGUGAAAUAAGAGAAAUCAAUACAUCAAUAAAAACACCACAAUAUUUGUAUAAUAUUAUGUUUAGGGAUAUUAAUCCAAACCAACCCAGAAAAUUUAGCUUCGAAGUUGGUAGGAAUAAUUUUUUCAGGAGUUUGUUUGGAAGGCGAGAUUUCUUAACUAUUAACAGUGAAUAGGAAUAUCUUAAGAAAAUUAAUUCAUAGUAAAAUACCUGCGUCUAGCUUGUGUCAA